AUGAUGAAAUGGGGUGGAAGUGGAACUGGAAGAAAACCUUCAUCAUCUUCUUCUUCUUCUGGUUCUUUUUCUUGGCUUUCAAAGUUAAAGCACAUGAGAAUCAUCAAUUCAGAUUCAAAUCAUGCAAAAAUGAAGCAGAAGGAAAAGCAGAAACCUACUACGUCGGUUAAGGAUAUUCCAUUUCCACCUUCAUGUUUUGAUAUUGGUGGAAGGAAUGGUAAGAAAAGUGGAAGAAGAUCACAAUCACAAGGUGCAAUCAAGUUAGAGCAGAAGGAUUUUAUUGGUUUAGAAGAAGAGAGAAAACUGUUGAAUGAUAACAAGAGUUUGAUCCAGGUUGAUGAGUAUGAUAGAGAUAAAGAAUAUGAAAACAUAAGGAGAAGAUUCGAGAGAAAAGCGCAACAAGUUUUGGAAGAACAGCUUUUGAAGCUGGAAAGAGAAGCAAAGGAAGUUGAAGAACUUCAAUAUGAAUCACCAAGAACAAUUUGUACACCAAGAACAAGUACAACAACGCAUUCUUUUGGUUCUUCUAAUGCAGGUUUGAAGAAGAUUUCUUGUAGCGUAAGAAACAUCGCAAUGAAUGCAUCAUCUGAGAAGAAACAGAUUUCUGAGAAGGAGAAUUUGAAGGAGAAUCAAGAGAUGAAGGUAAAGAUGCAAGAAAAACUAAGGAGGAAAGUAAAGAAAGUUUCGAGGGUGAAAAUAUAUUCACCAAGGAUGAUAUCAAAAGUUGAACUAUGCAGAAUAAAAGCAUUAGAAGAAAUGAGGAACAAAGCAAAGCAAAAGAUGAAGAGGGAAAAGAAGGAAGAGAUUAUGGAGGAAAUUAGUCUUAAUAUUAAACCAGAAUUAGAUAGUUUUGCUGUGAUUAAGUGUUCAUUGAAUCCAAAGCAAGAUUUUAGAGAUUCAAUGAUUGAGAUGAUUGAAGAGAAAAGGAUUAGUAAGGCAGAAGAAAUGGAAGAGUUGUUGGCAUGUUAUUUGACUUUGAAUGCUGAUGAGUAUCAUGAUCUGAUAAUCAAAGUGUUUAGGCAGGUAUGGUUUGAUAUGAGUCAAUAUGGUUUUGGUAUUAAUUAA